AUGCUGCUGUGUGUACAUACAACAACACUGACCCGGCGGUGGGGUACCCAGCAGCCGCUAGCGCCUCUCAGCACUUCCUUCGCUGGAUUUUCCCACUUCCCUCUUGUCCCAGUGUCUCUGCUUCGUCGGUACUUCGCUCAGUCUUUGCCGCAGGAACAGCAGCAGCGGCCCUCCAAGCGAAGUGUUUUCGCUGCAGCACAGCCUUCUGCGGCAGCAGAUCGCUGUACUUUAGCCCCGUCCUCCCCCGCCCCUAUUCCUACCACUCCACGCACAGAGCUGCAGCAUCUGCAAUUUUGGGCUCCCCGUUGCAGCGUUCAUCCUUUGGAGCAGCUGUUGCGCAAAGGGGGCCCCCACGAACCAUGGAUGCCGCUGUUGCAGGAGACCUGCAGGGGCCUCCCAAUUCCUAAACAACGCGUGUGGGGUGAUUCUUACAGGGAAAUACAGCUCAAGGCGUUGCCGCGGCCACUACGACUUGAGCUUACUGAAAGAAUAGAGGGGGAGACGGCAGCUGCGCUUGCUGCGGAAGUAGAGGGAAAGGCAGGAAUUGGAGCAGCAGCAGCUUCCCCUCCUGUCCUUGCCGAGCCUGGCUCAGGUGUGCGUACACCCUCCAUACCACGGGAAGUCCUCCUGGGACUCUCUAGAGCAGCGAAGAUCACUCAUUUGCUGCCGCUGCAGCAACUCGCGCUGCCGUUGCUGCUGCAACCCCAUACAGAUGUGUUGCUCGCUGGGCCUGCGGGCUCAGGUAAAUCUGUUGCAGCAGCACUUUCGCUCAUCUGUCACCUGGCGCAAGAGUUAGAGGGUCCCUCUGCCGCUUCUGAAGGCACUCGUACCACUUCAGGGGGCCCCCCCGGAGCGCCGGAGAGCCCCCUGGAGCCGCAAGAUGGGACCUCUUUCGGGGCCUCUGGGGGCCCCCAGGAUGCGUCAGUCGGAUGUAUACGCGCUUUAUUUAUAACCCCAACUCGUGAUAUGGCGGUGCAGACACGAAACUUGCUGCAGGCGCUGGGUCGGUACACCGGGCUGCGCGUGGAGAUGUUGGUGGGGAGGGGCCCCGGGGAGGCGGGUGGUGGGGGGGCCCCCUGGGAGCGUUUUGGGGCCUUGUUGCAUGCGCGGCCUCAAGUGGUUGUCUGUACACCUGGGAAGGCCGAGGAGUUUGUUUGUUUUCUGCUUGCUGCGAAACACAAAGGAUUAACGAUGCCUGGCCAUACACCCCAAGCAGUGACACCUGGCGUGCUGUCUAAUUGCAAGUUGCUCGCGGUUGAAGACGUAGCGCUGCAGCUGCAUGAGCCUUCCAUGCUGCGGACUCUGGCGAAAGUGAAGGAGCUGCUUCCCAUGGCUCAUAAGUCGAUCCUGCUGUCCAGCAGUUUGUCUUGGGAAGUUCGGGGCAGCGCCUUGCGGAUGAUGCGUCUCAACUCCUUCUGUCUAAAUGCAGUUGAGUGCUGCGACGCCCUCACGGCGGCUGCAUUGGGGGCCCCCGUGCUUCCUGCAGCGCCAACGAGGGCCCCCCUACCUCUACAGGGCGACAAUUAUACGGCUUCUUCUGAAUGCAACGCAGAAACACGAAAUAAACCAGUGGCUGCAGGGGGUGCGCCAGGGCCCUGGUGGCUGUUCGCAAAGAGAGAAGGGCUCUUCACGAGUGAUGCAUCGCCUUCUUCCAUUACGCUUCCAUCUGACGGACAGCAUUCCGAGGGCUCUCCUCCCAGGGAGCCCCCUCCAGAGAUGACCCCAUCUCAGGGACCCUCGACUGAAGGGCCCCCACAUGAGGGGCCCCAACCUGAGGGCCGCCCACCUGAGGGGGUCCCACUAGGGGACCCCCCACCUGGGGGGCCUCUGGUCUCCUGCGAUGUUUUUAGGGGUCGUGUGAAUGCCGGGCGUAUACUGGAGCUGACGCAUCCGCAUGCAUUGUGGGGCCCCAAGCGCAGCGAGGAGUUUAUUCGAAAGAAACGGUUUGAGCUGGGAGUGGGGGGCCAUUUGAGUUUGCCGGUGAUGGACAGUCAGGAGAGAGAGGAAUUCGAGGGCCACGAGAGGCCGCUGGGGUUAGGGGGGGAAAAAGCGACAGGGACCCAGCGCUCACCAGAAGAGUUUGUACUGUACCCGCCGGAGUUGCAUGCACAUUUUCUGUUUAAUAUCUUUGCGAGAGAGGCAGCCGCUGCGCAACGGGGUGUACGUGCAGCUGAGAAGAGGGGCGUCGAGGCUCCCUUUAGAAGAGUUUUCGUCUUUUUCAACAGCACGAAAAACUUGCAGUUUCACUACGCGUUUUUCAAGCAUUACCUCUUUCCCAAUGUGAAGCAAAUCCUCGAUGCGCAACUGCAAAAGACAAACAGGGCACAACUCUGCUGCAGCAGCACCCGAAGCAACAAUAGCAACAGCAACAGCAGCAGCAACAGCAGCAGCAACAGCAGCACCAGCAGCAGCAACGCUGCUGACGCGACACGUGUGGAGUUGUUGAGGGCGAGGCCCUGGUGGCCUGAGGGGGCCUCACUACCUCUUCUGUUCGCCCUGCACAGCCGUCUAUCACGAGAGAAGAGAAGGGCUGUUGUUGAUGCAUUUUCUGACAAUACACCUGAAUUCAUAAACACGAAAAAAGAGACGAGGCCCAAAGGCCUUAAAAUUCUGUUCUGCACCGAUGUGGCAGCGGUGGGGGUGCAGCUCGGCGCUCCGUCCCUUCUUCUGCAGGUUGGGGCCCCCAAAGACACGGACCUGUACGUACAGCGGAUUGUAAGAUCCCCCAGAGGGGGGCGUAAGCUGUUGGCGUUGAGUGAUUUAGACGGCCAUUUUUUGUUUGAGGCUUUCAAAGGGAGUCUUCCUUUGCAGGAGUUGUCUGCUGCGGAGGCUCUGCAGUUGCUGCAGCCCAACCUUUUGUUUGCUGCUGCAGUGGGAGGAGACGAGGGGACUCAGGCGUACAAACACGCGGCUGGGCGCCUCGCCUCUGCUCUCUCACCAACCCACACGAACAACAAUGCACAACAAACUUCAGAGGCAGAUGAUGCUGCUGCUGAUGAUGAUGCAGUUCUUGCUUCUGCUGCUACCACUGCAGCUCCUGCUGCUGCUGCUAUUGCAGCCCCUGCUGCUGCUGCUGCAGCUGCUGCAGCAGAGUCGAAUAUGGUGUCUGUCGCGGGUAAUAACACUGCAGUGGCAAAGUCUACAUCAGGAGUUGUUGUAGAUCCUAUUUCAGCACCAGUUCCUGCAGCAGAACUCCAGAAGCUUUCGUUACGUACAGGUGGGGAGGAGGGGUAUAUGAGAGGUUUCCAGGUGUCUGUACAGUCUGCUUCCGUCAUAAGUACCCCACAAGACUCUCGAGAAUGUUGCUGCGCUCACGGAAAAGCCCAGCAGGGCUUCCAGGAGGGAGCCCACUUCCUGAGCCUUCGGGAGGGAGGCGCUGAGGAAGGCGGUCUCCUAGAGGGGGACAGCGGGGGGGCCCCUCUGGUGGGGGGGGCGCCCCCUCCCGUUUGGGAGGAGAACGAGCCCCUGAGAGCGUCUUGUGAGUUGAUGUACCGGUCUUUGGUGGGGUUGUAUGCCAUGCAGUCAAGCCGCCUUAAAUACGAAAAGUGGCAAGUGCCCUCUUUCAUCAACGCACUCUUGCAGUCUUUUGGCGUUGAGCCUCCGGCUGUCACGAAGCAAAUGGCAGCGCGGCUGCAGCUGCUAGCAGCUCCUGGUUUGGUGGUGAACUACCACGCUGCUAGCAAGACGGCGCUGCUGGCUUGUUUGCCUUCUUGCGCUGGUUUCCGUUCUCGGUGUCGUCAGUUGAGUGUAGGAAAAACCCAAGAUGAUUCUCUCUCUGCAGCUUAUGGGUGGGGAGAAGAGGAGACACCGGUAGCAGCAGCAACAGCAGCGGCAGCAGCAGGCGCAGCAGCAGCAGUAGCAGAAGGUGCAGGAGCAAACGGAGCAAAUAAGAACAAGGGAAUCAUAGAUCUGGAAGUGUGCAGCGACACCGGGUGUACAGACACCCCAGACUUCGCCAAACAAAAACUCUACCCCCCGAAAAUGCCCUGGAAAUUUGAUGGAAAACGCAAGAGACAAAUGUCUCAGUAA